ACCCCUCUAAUGUAAACAUUCAAGAUGGCUGCCUCCUCAACCUCACGUACCAGCGACGACCUGCUUCUCUACCAUUGCGACGCCUCCUUCUUUUCCAUGAAGGUCCGCUUAGCCCUGGCCGUGAAGGGACUGUCCUACAAGAAACAAACAGUUCUGUUUCCUCUACAAGAGAACUUCGAACCCUGGUACAUGCGCCUGGACCCUGCCGGCCUGGUCCCUGUACUUGUUCACGACGGCAAAGUCAUCAGCGACUCCACACGUAUUGUGGACUACCUGGACACGGUGUUUCACGACAGGGGACCUAGACUCGCUCCUCCAUUGGACACGGACCUCGGUCGAAGGGUACGUCACUUCCGGGACCUGUUGGACGUGCUUCCGGUGGAGCUGUACACAUACGGGACCAUCUACCACCCGGACCUGGCUAAAGACUCUAUGCUUCCCGGAGUAAUCCGUAGGAAAGGUCGCAAAGCUCUUGGCCCGUCCACGGCCCAACGCUUACGGGACCUGGCCGCCAUGCACCCUGACCUAGCGGAGGCGUACACCAGGAAGGCCGACAAGAUCGGGCAGAGAACCCGGGAGCGGGAAGACCGAGGUCUGAUCGAAAGGCUCCUAGACGAGCUUGAGGUGGUCUUAGACGAAGUGGAAAAGGAGCUGGAAGAAAGGAAAAAGGACAAGGAAGCUUCCGGACAGCAGCAGUGGCUGUGUGGCGAGUCUUUCACAGCUGCUGACGUCAUGCUGUCCUGUCUCCUCCACCGACUCAAGUUCGUGGGGCUGUCCCACCGGUCCAUACAGAAGCGCCCCCUGUUGGAGGCCUACUACCUGCAGGCCCAGCAGUUUGCUCCGUUCAAUGCUGAAGUGAUGUACACCACUAAUCUGCCGUACGUGUUCGUGCGAAACCUCCCCGGAGCGAUUUACAAGUCGGCCGGCCCGAAGCUUGUAGUGUGGGUGGCAAUGGUGGUAGCAGUAGCCGCUGUGGCAGCUAUGGUGCUGAAAUACUAAGAAAAGACAUGUGCCAUAUUGAGUUGUAUUGCGUUCUCUCAGCACAUUUUAUUCUUCCAGCACGGUUUGAAGGAGGGAAUAGGUACCUCCUUGAGCUCCUUCCUAUCGCUGCUUACUUUCUGAAAGCCAACUUCUUUAAGGCAAUCCUUGAAGUCUUCUUAAAGAGUACACGUUUUGACCUAUUGCUCAUUAUCACUACAUUUGAUCACUACAUUUGAUCAUUACUAACAUUUGACUUUGAGUGUAAAAAUUUCGAGCUUUAGAUUUGUUGGAAAGUGUCUUGAUGUUACCAUUCAGUAUGCAUGUCACACCUCUCCCUGUAUUAAAAUAUACCCCCAACACAAGCAAUACUGUAACUGUUCCACUGUGAUGACAACAACACCUGUAGUAAGUGCGUAAAAUCUCAAAGUAAUAAAUAAUGAAAUUGACAUUGACA